GAAAACUAUCUUCCUUCAUGCAUUAUCCUCAACAACGGGGAGUAUAAGACCUUCAUCGCUGUUGCAAGCUUCCAACUCUGUAUCAUCACUCCAGAAAGUUGAUCGGGCCCGUGACAACCAAAAUUUUGUGCAUGCUUCAGCUAAAUUUGAGUUUCACCGGCCCAGAUGAUCCACCGGCAAAAUCUCCACCGGAGGUCUCAACAGCGCCACCAUUUCACAAGCGGGGUAUCCCACCAGAGGUGCCACGGAGGCCCAAUGUCCCUGAUUUUUGCUGCAGUACCACCGGAAGAGCCGGCUGAUCCACCACCAAUGUGCCCUGGGCCGUCUAUACCACAAGUGUCUUAUGGAGCAUACGUGGGCUAUUAAGGCAAAUAUCAUGGGGGUGACAUCUUACACCGAUGAACACACUUCGCCUGUUGCCCCAUCAAGAAUUUUCAAGGCUUCAAUUGUUGACUCCCAUACCUUGAUUCCAAAACUCCUACCACAAGUAAUCAAAAGCAUGGAUAUCAUUGAGGGUGAUGGAGGUGCUGGGAGCAUAAAGCAGAUCACUUUUGCAGAAGGUAGCAACUUCAAAUCUAUCAAGUAUCGCAUCGAUGAACUGAAUGAAGAUGCCUUAACAUACAGCUACACAUUGGUCGAAGGGGAUGCAUUGAUUGACAAGCUUGAGAAAAUAACAUAUGAGAUCAAGUUUGAGAAGGGACCUGAUGGUGGUUCCAUUUCUAAGGUGACAAGCAAAUACUACACUCGGGGGGAUUUCAAGCUCAAUGAGGAUGAAGUCAAGGCCGGCAAAGAAAAGGUCUUGGGCAUGUACAAAGCAGUUGAGGCCUAUCUCCUCCAGAAUCCUGAGGCCUAUGCGUAAAUGAGCAUCUCCCAAAUUAUAUGCUCUUCCUGAUCAUGCUCACAAGUCUUGGUGCUCUUGCUGUCUUCUGUCCGGCUUUUGCCACCUAUAAUCGGCAUAGUCGCUCGCCUGGCUAAUCAAUAAUGAUCUUACCUA